AUGUUCGCAGUUAACACUACCCCAUACAAUUUCCUUAACUUGUAUGAUUCCUUGCAGGGUUUGCAACAGCUUCAGCAACACCAACGUAUGUUGCAGCAGCAGUACCAGGAUACAAGACCAAAGAUUGUCAAGAAGGUGGAGACCGAAGAUGCUUACCAAAUACAGAUUUUCAAGAAGAACGGAAACUUUAAUCUGUACGAGGUCAAGGUGUUGAGAACUCAAUACCCAUACGCCAGUCACUUGGUCAACUUGGUGCUUGAGUCUGCAGAAGACGACUUCAAGAAGGUUUUCCAGUUCAGUUUGGAAGAUAUUGAUGUCGAAAAGAUCGACUGGGAAUACUACGAGGACCAGAAUGUCUUGGUGUUGAAUGUUCCCAAGAAGGCUCGUUACUGUUCUGAUGACUAUGCCAACGCCGUUCUCUCGAAUCUUUUCGGUAUUCCUGCCGUAUGCAGCCAGACUGAAUGUUGCAGGAAGCUGAAGAAGGAGAGAAGACAGGAAAGAAAGGAGGAGAGAGCUCUCAGAAGACAGGAGGAUGAGGAACUAGCUGCUGUCAGAAGGGCUGAGAUUCAGAAGAGAGAAGCAAAGAGAGAAGCUGAGAAGCAGGAAACUUUGAGAUUGGCCGAGCAGGCAAGAAAGGCUGAAUUGGCCAGAAAGGCUGAAGUAGCUAGAAAGGCUGAAGAGGCCAGAAAGGCUGAAGAGGCCAGAAAGGCUGAAGAGGCCAGAAAGGCUGAAGAGGCCAGAAAGGCUGAAGAGGCCAGAAAGGCUGAGGAAGCCAUCAGAGUUGCUGCGGAAUUGGCUAGAAGAGAAGCAGAAGCCAAAGCAAAGAGAGUCGCUGAGGAAAGAGCCAGAAGAGAAGCUGCUGUCAAGCAAAAGAAGAGAGAAGAAGCUGAAAAGAGAGCUGAAGAUGAAUACAAGCGCAGAAUCGCAGCUCAACAAGAAGCACUCAGACUUCUCUUUGGAAGUCUGGGAUUCAUGCCAUUAGGAUUCAAUCAGCCAGAGACCGAGGUUUCUGAGAAACCUGCCAAGUCUCCAUCCACUCCAUCUACUCCAUCUGCUCCAGUAUCUCCAAAGCCAGCCAAGGUCAAUGUCCCAUCCUCUCCUAUUCACGAUACUACACUUUCCGACACUGAGUCCAUUAACUCUGAGAACGAGACUCCAAGUGUCAGCACGAAGACUGACCACGAAGAGAAACUCGAUUUGCACAGACAACCAUCACUCGAAGAAGUGGAGGAUGAGGAGUUUGUGAUGUUCAGAAAAAAGUUUGGACAAUAA